UCUCCGUAAAAAUAUUUCUACCAUUGUGCACAAGAAAAGGAAGGUAGCACUUAAUAUUAACCGGUCAUCCCCUUUGAGUCAAAGUCCUUUUUAAACGUGUUCUAGUUUAGUUCUUUGUGGGCAACGGGUCUCCACCUGACGCAUUGGGUAUUCUUACCCCCUGAUCAGAGCACGUGUCCUCGUGUACUCGACAUAAAGUUAAGAAGCUCAGAAACCUUUAAAGUUUAAGCCAUUUGUCAAACCCCUUUCUGUGUCAAAAGGACCACUGCCGGGCACGUAAUUCACGCAUGACGAGAUGGAGCUUUAAUUUGAGUGAGGGAUGUUACUCUAUAAAGGGCGGACGAUCGAGUUUUGUUUUAGAAUGACAAUCAAGACUUUCUCUUUAAAGGCCUAAGAGUUUGAUUCUCUUUUUAUGAACUUGUCUUGUCCUCUGCAGUUCAAAUUACAAAUUGGCUUAUGAAUCUUCAAUUAAAGUAGCAGAAGGCGAGACUCGUCGCUCCACCGAUCCAUUAAACUGUGACCCACGAAUAUUUUGGGCUCUCAUUAUCCGUUUAUUCCAGGGUAUUGAAUAAUGAAAGUAAGAAGUACAUGUACAGUUUGAGAAUUUAUCAGAUUGCAUUUUCGAUAGUAACUAUAAGUGCAGUAGUAAAUUCACUUUAGGGGAUUUUUUUAAUUGAAAACAAGCGUUGAAAACAAGUACCGCGUAUUUUGAAAAGGUCAACAAGAACAAUCGAGGAAAAUGAAGCCAAGUGGAAACAAGUGACAUAUACCCAACUUUCAAUAAAGCCAGGCGAGAAUUCUUUUACAUGAGUGCACCUUACAAAAGCUCCAUUAAAAUUCUUGUAUCCAGCUGCUCAAGGCUUCGCAUAAAGCGUCUUGCAUAACUGGUAACUUGUGAUUGUAAGAUGCGGAAAUAUACCUUCUUGUACUGGUCAUUGCUAUUACCCUCCCUAGAGGCAAAGUAAUUUGUGUGUUUUCUGGAUUGGGUCGGUCUUGUUACUCGCUGCAAAUACUUCUAACAUUGUCUACAAGACGCACUAGAAAUAUUCAAACUUACUGGCCAUCUAUUUCCCGUUUAUGUUAUUUUGAUUGAUGCCAAAUCGAACAGAUUGAUUUCUAAUGGCCCAAGAAUUAGUUCUCCCUUCGUGAAAUGCUGGUACCUGGUUUAUAUUAGAAAAAGAUUAAGGAAUCUCCAGAAAAUUAAGUAAAAACAGGCGAGACUCCUCGUUUCUCCGUUGUACAGUGUUCCACGAAUAUUCUGGGCUUCCUCUUGAGUAAAAACAAGUACUGCAUAUCUUGAAAAGGUCAGCGAAAACAAUGGUGGAAAGUGAAGCCAACUGGAAACAACUGACAGAUUUCCAACUAUUAAUCAAGCUACCGAUAAUUCUUUUGUGCUGAUGCAUCUUAAGAAACUCUGCAUUUAAAUUAUUGUAUCAAGCUCCAUCCUGUUGAGCCGACACAAGGUGUGGCGUUGAAUCAUCUCGCAGAACUAAAGUUAUUUGCGACCUGAAAAUGAAGCUCUGGCUAUUUCUCAUCGUUUGCUAUGUUCCAGCGUCAUUCUCAGCCUUGCCUUGCGGUUACACUACUUGGAGUUGCUGGUCUUACUGUGACGCUUCUUGUGGAGAUAAAGUUCAAUCUCGUGAAAGAAGCUGUACGAAUCCCCCUCCUUCAUUACCCGGGUUUGAUUGUAGCGGACUGGGUCCCUCGAUAGAAGUACGUCAAUGCUACGGACCAACAGAUCAAAUAGAUGUCGAUGGGGGAUACAACAACUGGGGACUGUGGUCUGAGUGCACCAAGGAUUGCGGAGGAGGAGUACAGUACCGCACAAGGUGGUGUGUAGAUCCUCACCCUCAAGGAAAGGGGAAGGAAUGCUCAGAACAGAAAGAACUUGGACCAGCUAUAAAAAGUCGAUCAUGCAAUGAACAUGACUGCAGAGAAGAACCGACCAAGGAACCAACGACAGAAGUAACGACCGAGGCGCCAACCAUAGAGGAAGAAUCGACCGAGGCACCAACGACAGAAGAAUCGUCCGAAGCACCAACCAUAGAAGAAGAAUCGACCGAGGCACCAACGACAGAAGAAUCGUCCGGGGCAUCGACAACGGAAGAAUCGACCGAGGCACCAACGACAGAAGAAUCGUCCGGGGCAUCGACAACGGAAGAAUCGACCGAGGCACCAACGACAGAAGAAUCGUCCGGGGCACUAACAACGGAAGAAUCGUCCGAGGCACCAACCAUAGAAGAAGAAUCGACCGAGGCACCAACGACAGAAGAAUCGUCCGGGGCACUAACAACGGAAGAAUCGACCGAGACACCAACGACAGAAGAAUCGUCCGGGGCAUCGACAACGGAAGAAUCGACCGAGGCACCAACGACAGAAGAAUCGCCCGGGGCACUAACAACGGAAGAAUCGUCCGAGGCACCAACCAUAGAAGAAGAAUCGACCGAGGCACCAACGACAGAAGAAUUGUCCGGGGCACUAACAACGGAAGAAUCGUCCGAGGCACCAACCAUAGAAGAAGAAUCGACCGAGGCACCAACGACAGAAGAAUUGUCCGGGGCAUCGAUAACGGAAGAAACGACCGAGGCACCAACGACAGAAGAAUCGUCCGGGGCACUAACAACGGAAGAAACAUCCGAGGCACCAACGACAGAAGAAUCGUCCGGGCUAUCGACAACGGAAGAAUCGACCGAGGCACCAACGACCGAAGAAUCGUCCGGGGCAACGACAACAGAAGAAUCAUCCGAGGCACCAACCAUAGGAGAAGAAUCGACCGAGCCACCAAUGACAGAAGAAUCGUCCGGGGCAACAGUAACGGAAGAAUCGACCGAGGCACCAACAACGGAAGAAUCGUCCGGGGCACUAACAACAGAAGAAUCGUCCGAGGCAACAACAACGACGGAAGAACCGGCAGAGACACCAACGACGGAAGAACUAACGACAGGACCGCCUUGUAUAAAAGCCCUUGACCUUGGCAUAAUAAUUGACAAGUCCAAGAGCGUGGGGAAACACAAUUUGAAAAAGCUAAAACAGUCUUUGGUAUCAUUUCUCCACCUAUUUGAUGUUUCGGCCGAAGGGACUCACGUUGGAAUGAUCUCGUUCAAUGACAACGCUGAAUUGCUUUUCGAUUUUAAAGACGAUCGCUACCAUACUGAGGAUCAGUUAAAGGAAAGAAUAAAAGAAAUACCUUUGAAACUGGAGCUUAAGACGAGGACCGACUUGGCGCUAACACUGGCAAAGGAGAAGUUGUUCUCAGUGGAAGGUGGCGAUCGACCUGAUGUGCCAAAUGCGUUAAUAAUCUUCACGGAUGGAAAGUCGACGGGCAAGCCUAAGCACAAAGGAUUCGUCCCAAUUCCAAAAACUGUCGAAAGUCUUACUGAGGUUAAAAAGGUUGAGAUGCUUCCUGUCGGAAUCGGGAAGGGUAUAAGAGAAAGAGAAUUGGAGAAACUGGCUGGAGAUAAAGGACACUACUUUCAUAUUGCAAACUUCAAAGAGCUGUGUUCAAUUUUGGAAAGCUUGAAGGACGCCGCUUGUGAUUACAGCCAUAUAAAUGGAGGCCACUACUCCUAUGGUAGAGGACUUCUGGAUGAUCGCAGUAUGCGCUGAGCCCCUCUACACAACGAGCCCACUUUUGGCAGAUGUACCAACUUUUGGUUCAAUAUACCGCACCUUUUCAAAAUAAAAUAAAAUAAAAUAAACUACAUUAAAGACAUAGAGCUCCAUUUCUGCCGCUGGCUUAGUAGUAGAAUUUAUGAAGAUUGGGCCCGCAGUUAGAUUAGUCGAACACUUGAUAUCAAUGCUCAAAGGACCCUAGUCAGCCUGCGGAAUUUUCGAUGCCAUCGAAAUUAUUGAUAUUGUAUGGUGAAGCGAAAUCUUGUUGCUUCAGUUUAAGUCGUAUUCCUGACAGUAUGUUUAAUUAUCUCGUAUUUUCGGAGCGAUUUCCUUCCUUUUGACAUGCAUGCUCAGAAUAAAAUAUAAUAGCCAAACUCUCGCAUGUGAACAAAAACAAAGGUGUGGCUGACUAAGGCCCUUUAAAAUUGAUAACUCACAAAAAAAAUUGUUGAUGAAUAAUGUUUCGUUCGGCGGCAGCACUUUUACUGAGGACAAACAACUGAAGAUAAAGAACUGAAGAUAAACGAAGGACCGACAUUUUACUUAACAACAGUCAAACAACUCCUGAGCACCACCCAAAAAAUCGAAUUAAGAAUAGUUAAAUGUUUUUUAACUACUUUCGACAAUCAUAAAUGCGAUUGUAAUCUAUUUGCCUAUAUGGACACGGCACCAAGUGAGCUCUGUAAAUAUCAUGGGGGUAAUACAUUGUGAACAUAUAUCGUAAAAAUAUAUAUGCACAAAUAAAAGUGGGUCAAGGGGAAAAAAUUUGGUGUUUUUUAUUAGUUACAAUCGGAUAGUUGCCUCUUCGUAAAAACUGGAUUACUGAGGCCCGCCGGUUCAGACGCCGUACUUUCCAUGAGCCGAGUCGAAUCUAGUGAUUUAAUUUUAUCCGUGUACCUUUAGAGGUGUCUGGCGUCCAAGCGAUGUAGCGCGGCAUUUUAAAAUGUAGGUACCUUAAUUAGCUUAUAAAGCUGGCUAUCAGACCAUACCAAAAAUUUUUAAAUAAAAAGCGACCCCUAAAUGUGAUCGUCCGAGUCACCGUUUGAAAGGUACAAGUCAAAGAAAAUUUAGUUUUUCGUUAAAUAAAUUUAAUUUGUUCCUUAGUUUCCGGGCCCAGAACGUCUGCAUAUAAGCCAAGUGGCCCACCAGGCUGGAGCUUAUCCCGGUUUCCGUAGCAUGAAGCGACUAGGAGUGUUUCUACUAU